AUGUAUCUUAAGAGGCCUCUUGGUAAAGAAGAGACCUCAAAUUUGAUUGAAAGGAAUGUUCUUUCUUAUAUUAUGGUGCUAGAGCUUCCUCUAGUGAAGAUGGUUUACAGAAUCUCUAAGGCGUUCCUUCUUUGGAGGCGUUCUAUGGCUUUGGGAAAACAAUUGUCCACCUCAUAUGUGAAGGCCUCAUUUUCAAUUACCAAUCAAGUAUUUGAAGAUUGUCCGAAGAAACUCAUAGAGCAAUCUUGUAGUCUUAAGGCCUAUUGGUCCGCAUCAAAAAGUAUUCCUAAGGAGGUGAAAAAAAUUAAAGAGGAAGAGAUUACCCUCACUAAGUUAGUAAAGAAGGGUGGGAAGUAUAAGGAUGCCACUCUUAAAAGGACAAAUUUGCUAGCAAUUGUCCUUAUUACUCAUGCAAUUGAGGAACAUACUCAUGAGGGGGUUGUUAAACUUAAUCAUGGGGAAGUGAGGGAAGAACCUCGGAUUUUCUCUCCUUUAACUAAGGUUGUAGGAGGGGACUAG